AUGAACCUGAUGGAGUUUAAUCAGUCUGAUCGCUGUGAGCAUUUCUCCUGUCCAGAGAGAUCUGUAUCUCCUGCAGUUUAUAUCUUACUGUACGUGUGUUCAGCUGCUGUGGUUCUGCUAACAGUGUGUGGAAAUCUGCUGGUCAUCAUCUCUGUUCUUCACUUCAAGCAGCUUCACACACCAACCAACAUGCUGGUGCUCUCUCUGGCUGUGUCGGAUUUCCUUGUUGGUGCUUUAUUGAUGCCGUUGAUGUUAAUUUGGAUGAUCGAGUCAUGCUGGAUUUUUGAUAUGGGUUACUGCAUCUGUUUUUUGAUUACCUCUUAUUUUUUAACAAGCCUGUCCAUCUAUAAUGUCGCUCUGAUCGCAGUAGAUCGGUAUUUGGCUCUUUCAAACCCGUUCCUCUACACAAACAUUAUCUCAAGUAGGACUAUGUGCAUUGUGGUUUCUUCUAACUGGUUUGUGUGUCUGGUGUAUAACACAGCAUUUUAUUAUUUCAAUGGAAGCUUUGCAGUUUUUGUAUUGUGUCCUGGAGAGUGUUAUCUUUUUCUGAAUGAAGUUUUAUUUGCUAUUGACCUUGUAGUAACAUUAAUAUUUCCACUUUCUUUCAUAAUCAUAUUGUAUACUCAGGUUUUUGUGAUUGCUAAGAAACAUGCCACUGCUAUCAGAGAGCUUAAUAAUCACACACGGCCUAAAACACAGAAAAUCACCUCACACUCCAUGAAAUCUGAGAGAAAAGCAGCUAAAGUCCUCGGCAUUUUAGUGUCUGUGUUUCUGGUGUGUUUACUUCCAUAUUUUAUUUACAGUUUAUUAGGUGAUUUUAUUGAACUUCAGAGAGAAACAUUUCAGAGACUUGCAGUUAUGCUUUAUCUUAACUCCACCAUUAAUCCAGUUAUUUAUGCUCUGUUUUACCCGUGGUUUAGGAGGUGCAUUAAAUUGAUUAUAACUUUGCAAAUAUUCCAAACAGACUCUGCAUUAAUCAAAGUUCUUUCAUGA